GACAUUGUGUUUAUAUAUGCAAUUUUGAUACAAUGUUAAGAAAAAGAAAAGUGCAAUAUAGGCCAAGAACAUCAAAUCAAUCAACAGUCUAGAAUUAGAUUAAGGUGCCAAAUAUUUUAUAAAAGAAAUACUUAUUUCAGUCCAGCCCGAGAGGAAGACGAUGUUAAGGAAGACCACUCUUGUCAAGUCAAGUCACUGUCAUUUAUACUGCUUUAACAAUAUAGAUUUCACAGCUAUACAGUGAUAACAGAGAUUGUUUGGCUUUAAAGCAGAUCUAGAAUAAACUUCUGUCUAGUUUAUAUCUUUGGUGACGGUGACAGAGCUCCCGGUUGGUCAUGUGCUUGUGUUCUAGUCCCGUUAGUUGUGAGCUCAUGUUUAUCAGGUGUUUGUUUGUGCCAUGUGCUCCCAUGUCGUUUCCUGAUUGGUUAAUUUGCUCCACCUGUCCUCCCUCGUUUCCUGCUAACCCUAACCCUACAUUGUAACUAAAUCUUGCUGACUAAAUGUCUAUCAUUAGCUAUUGGCUAAUAAAUUCGGUUGGCUAAAUUUUGAGAUCACAAUAGAUGUGAAGGAUUAUCACAGGUGACGACGAAGACAGAGCAGCCAUCAAGAGUUAGACAGUAUUCUAGGUUAUUAGAAGGUCACCUACAGGGCUUCCACCUGAUCCCGCAUGUGUCCGCGGUGGUUCCGGAGAGCUGUCUGCUGAUCGUGGUGGGGCUGCUGGUCGGGGGUCUGAUCCGUGUGCUGGGCGGGAAGGUUCCGGUCCUCGACUCUCAGCUCUUCUUCCUGUGUCUGCUGCCGCCCAUCAUUCUGGAUGCCGGAUACUUCCUUCCCAUCAGGCCCUUCUCUGAGAACGUCGGCACCAUCCUGAUGUUUGCGGUGGUGGGGACGCUGUGGAACGCGUUCUUCAUGGGUGCGGUGCUGUACGGUGUGUGUCGGCUGGAGGAACGCCUGGCCUCGGUGGACCUGCUGUCGUGUCUGCUGUUCUCCUCCAUCGUCUCAGCCGUGGAUCCCGUGGCGGUGCUCGCCGUCUUCGAGGAGAUACACAUCAACGAGCUUCUGCACAUUCUAGUGUUUGGGGAGUCUCUGCUGAACGACGCGGUGACCGUGGUCCUGUAUCAUCUGUUCGAGGAGUUUGCGCAUGUGGGUGAGGUGACGCCGCUUGACAUGUUUCUGGGCGUUGUGUGUUUCUUCGUGGUAUCGCUGGGCGGAGUGAUGGUGGGUGGCGUGUACGGCAUUCUGGCGGCCUUCACCUCACGCUUCACGGCGCACACCCGUGUGAUCGAGCCGCUCUUUGUCUUCGUCUACAGUUACAUGGCGUAUCUGUCUGCCGAGGUCUUCCACCUGUCCGGCAUCAUGGCGCUCAUCGCGUGUGGCGUGGUGAUGCGGCCCUACGUGGAGGCAAACAUUUCCCACAAAUCCUACACCACCAUCAAGUACUUCCUGAAAAUGUGGAGCAGCGUGAGCGAGACUCUGAUCUUCAUCUUCUUGGGCGUGUCGACGGUGGCUGGGCCGCAUGCCUGGAACUGGACAUUCGUCACCAUCACCAUCGUCCUCUGUCUGCUGUCCAGGAUUCUGGGUGUGAUCGGUUUAACAUAUAUCAUUAAUAAGUACCGCAUGGUAAAGCUGAGUGGGAAGGAUCAGUUCAUCGUGGCGUACGGGGGCUUGAGGGGCGCGAUCGCUUUCUCACUGGCGUUCCUGCUGUCCAGUGACGACUUUCCCAUGAAGGACAUGUUCCUCACUGCCAUCAUCACCGUCAUCUUCUUCACUGUGUUUGUGCAGGGAAUGACGAUUCGACCACUCGUUGACCUUCUGGCCGUCAAGAAGAGGAAACAAAGCAAAAGUUCAAUAAAUGAGGAGAUUCACACUCAGUUUCUGGAACUUUUGCUAACUGGAAUAGAGGGCGUGUGCGGACACUACGGACAUCAUCACUGGAGGGACAAGCUGAAUCGGUUUAAUAAGCGUUACAUCAAGCGGUGUCUGAUCACUGGAGAGCGAUCGCAGGAACCGCAGCUGAUCUCCUUUUACAAUAAGAUGGAGCUCAAACAGGCCAUGAUGCUGUUGGAGAGCAACAGUUCAGCCAGUCUGAACACGGCAUUGGCCACACCACAGCACCGCAGCAGGAGGACGGUUAACAUCUCUAAAGAACGAGAAGAAGAAAUCAGAAAGAUUCUGCGAGCAAACCUGCAGAAGACGCGACAGAGACUGCGCUCAUACAGCAGACACACACUGAUGCCUGACGCUGCAGAAGACGACUGGAGCGAGACGCGGAUCAGGAAACAGUGCGUGGAAAUAGAGCGGCGGAUGAGCCACUUUCUGGGAGUUCCUGCUAAUCGCUCCGAGUCUCCUGCAGUGCGGAGAGGCCGCUUCGAGUCAGACAGUCGAGGUCAGACGGCCAGGCCGAGUAUCCUAGUGACGGUCCCCGGAGACCCUGAGAAGUCCGACGGAUCCGUUCAGACCCAGAACCCGGACGGUGUGCCGGACAGCCGAGGACACAAGCUGAGCGUGACGUUUGCUCUGGGUGUGCAGGAGCAGAACCUACCUCGGUGUUUGAGUGAUCCGGGCCCACAUAACCUGCUGGAGGAGGAAGAGCUGUUUUAUCAUAAAGACUGAGGAUCCUUGUUUGUUUGUAUUUUAUAUCUAUUUUAUGCAGUGGAAAAUUAUUAAACUAUUCUUUCUAGUGAUCUGAGA